AUGGCUGGAGUACGAGCCUGGUGUCUUCUUGUCCUCGUUACUGUCUUCCUCGCACCCCGCGCGGUGGAGUCGCAGACGCGCAAGCCCGUCAAGUACACGGUGGGGCUGGCGCGCAGCAAGUCCCCGUGGGCGUGGGGCAUCUCCACCAUCGAGCCGCCCAUGAAGAUCUACGUCGGUGACGUGCUCGAGUUCAAGUGGUCAAGCCCCAACACGGUGGAUGACGUGGUGCAGCUGUUCUCCAAGGCAUCGUGGACAAGCUGUGACCUCACGACCAAGACGGAGCGCUUGGCAGCGCAGGCCAAGAAGGGCACGGUGGCGUACAAGAUCCCUGAUAAGUACCGCGGCAUGUGGAUCUACUUCACUAGCUCCGCUGGGAUCGAUUGUGUCAAGGGGCAAAAGUUCAAGGUGUUUGUCAACUAG